AAAAAAAAAAAAAAAAAAAGAGUACGAAACAAUCCGCUAGCAAGCUUGCUACUUUGUGUCAGACAAAUAAAACAGACCUGCUGUGUGUUUUUGUCGCUCACAAUUCAAAUCCGCUACAUUGUUUGAAAACACACUUACCCGAGGAGAAGAUUAAAGGGCGGUGAACCGUCAUUCGGGUACCUGUCAGAAAAGCCUGCUUGUUCAUUUUAAAUGCAUCCAGAGAGACUUUAAACUGUAUUUUCCACCGCUGAGCCGCCGGGAUGAUGGCCCCCUCAUUCAAAACUCAACCAAACAUGUAUCGCCUCACACGCUACAACAUGAACGGUAGCGCGAGGCCGACAAUCCCCGCCUCUUCUCCCUUCCUAUUGGCAGACUCCCGGAGUUCAGCAGAUAACCUGUUGCCAGACGUGUGUCCUAUUGGCUGCGGUUUCCGUCCUUCAAAUGUAUUUACGUACAAAGGUAUGCUGGGGAUGUUUAUCAGCGGGUACCUUGAUUGUCCUCUUUACAGUUGCAUCAUACUGUAGCUGGUCAAUUAAACCUAAUUGAUAGAAGAAACAAAUAGGACAUGUGCUUAUCUUUGCAAUGCUUCCUUUUUCUAACCUGCCAUGUGGUUUAACACCUCUGCACCGCAACGCUCACAGACUUAUAUCACAUUUUGACAGUGAAAUCAUAAAGCAAGUAAAUAAUAACGCAAACCAUUCUAAUGAUGACAAACUAGGUAAUGGACCAACACUAGCAAUGUCCUUAUAUUCCGUAUAGAUUUGCAGGCAACAGGAUAGUCAAUGGUCACUAAACUGAGUAGUAUAAAGAUAAUAUAGCCUAUUACCUGUUAAACGUUGAAUGUUGUUUUUUUUCUUCAAAUUUGCCUAAGCUGUUUUAAAUGUUAUUUCUUCUUUAGUUUUUCCCCUUAAAAACUUCACGCCCAUAUAGAACACUGAUGCCGGAAGAGUAUGUUGUUAGGUUUAGAAAGCAGCCUAUAGUGAAAUUUUGAAGCAUUGGCCAGUGAUGGACAGAGCGCUUAUCAGGGAUCCUUCAAUAGGUCAUAUGGCCACAACAUGCACAUAUGGCGACAAACGCUCAGGCCGCACCUGCAUGCAAAUUAAGUCAAAUCAUAUCUCUGCGAUGAAGCUGUUUCCCGAGUUUAAAUCGGUCUUCGUCAGUAGGCUACAGGUAGCAGCCUGCGUUAAUCCUGAGAGUAUUUUCCUGACUUCCUCAUCAUACAUAAGGAGCUAAAUAUGCGCAUGCUCGGUGCGCGCAGUUACCUGGGGACCUGUUGCUCAGCUGCUGCUAUAUACUGCGGUAAGAUGACGCCUGUGUUAGACUUAAAUGAUGUCUGUCGUUAUCCUUCAUCGGACGUAAAUGAUUCGCCACAGACCUAGAUGCUACGCUAUAACAAGACUAUAACCAAGCCGGAUGAAAACACUACAACAAAAAAGUGGACACCACAAGUCGCCGUGUCUUUUACCUCAGUCGGAUUAACUAUCCAAAGCAGGUCACCCACUUGUGAGUAUUGUUUUUGCUUUGUCUUUUAUUCAUUGUCUUUUUCAAAAAGGGUUUGGCAAACAGUGGUGAGAUGGUCAGUAGACUCCUUAUAUUGAAAUUCACGUUUAUGUGGUAAAGGCUAUAGAGAAACAGUGUGUUGCAAACUUAUUUUCUUUAACAGUCAAUGUUUAACAUGCAGGGGUGAUUAGAUAAUUUAGAAAAUUUUAAGCGUUAUAAAUAAAAAAAAGAGGGAAAAUAGAUAUAUAGGGCAUGUGAAGCCCUAACAAGCACAAAAUAUUCUAUUGAAACCAAGUCCAAAAUAAUAAAGUGGGAGUUAAUCCACUACAUUCAUAUUACAUGUUCCACACCGUGUCUUCAGGGGCUGUGUGCCUGUCAGCAGGUAGCCACGGGAUGAUGCUCUGAGUGUGUAGACAAGAGCAGAUAAUAUCCCUCUGUGGACCAUCACCAAGGAGACAGAACCUCUAGAGGGUUACCUGCAGUGUUAGCUAUAAAAAGCUCUCAGGUACACCCAUGCCACUGUAAUGGUUUAGUCAGUGAAGAGUGCAUUUUAAAUGUGUUCUCUGAUAUCAUUGCAUUUAAAAAGAAAUACAUCUUGAUGUGUUAUUUUGACAUGUGUGUGCAGGUGUGUCUUUGAUUCGAACGCUAACAGGCAAUGGGCAGAUUCUGCAAAUGCAACGGGAGACUGCUCUGCAUGUGCCUGCUUCCCUGCAUGAUGACCGGCCACCUUCUGAUUUAUGUCCUGGUGUCCAUAUUCGUCACCAUCUCCUACACGCCUCAGAAAAUAACCGUCCACUACAUUGCCUCUGGGGUUUCUGCUAACUCCUCUGCGCUGGCCUCUCACCCAGUUGGCCCUUUCUGGAACCUUCGUCUGGAGGACAGCGCACUGUGGAACCAGUUGCAGCAUGCGUGGGACCGUCAGCACAACCCAAUACUGCGAGGAAACACAACUGGGAUCACGGGAGAGACGAAACUGAAUCUUUUAUCAGAAAUCGAAGACGAAUGCUCCUCCAUCUGCAUGUCACGCGAGUGUUCAGUCCCUCGUGUGCAGGAUUUUAACAGCUUGCCAGAGCAAAUGAGGGCGUUUAUUAUGGCAAUGCACUGCAGGGAGUACCCCCUCCUUAUCAAUCAACCUGGUAUGUGUAGGAGGAACAGUAGUAGCCUUGGUUUGGAUUCUCCCAUGCUCCUCAUGGCCAUCAAAUCCCAAGUGGGGAACUUCGAAAACAGGCAGGCCAUCCGGGAAACAUGGGGACGCAGUGGCCUGGUGGAGGGAGAAUCGAACAAGAAGGGCGGAUUGGUGCGCACAGUGUUUCUCCUCGGAAGGCAGGACUCAAGCACAGGUCCUCACCCGGACCUCAAAAACCUCCUGGAGCUCGAGAACCAGAAAUACGGGGAUAUCCUGCAGUGGGAUUUCAGAGACACCUUCUUCAACUUGACCCUGAAGGACUUGCUGUUCUGGCAUUGGCUCCAGCAACACUGCCCCACGGCCAUCUUCGUGUUCAAAGGGGAUGACGAUGUCUUCGUUCGAACAGGUGCCCUUCUGGAUUACCUGCACAAGCAGUGGGACGAGCACAACCUGUGGAAAGCCUAUACAAAUAAAACCAACCUGGAUCUGUUUGUGGGGGAAGUAAUCUAUAACGCAAUGCCCAACCGUGAGCCGUCCGCUAAAUAUUACAUACCAGAACGUUUCUACAAAGGCGGGUACCCACCGUACGCCGGCGGAGGAGGGGUGGUGUAUUCUGGCUCACUUGCAUUGCGAUUGAAAGACGUGUCCGAGAGGGUGCGCCUUUUCCCAAUAGACGACGUGUAUCUGGGCAUGUGCAUGCACAGACUGGGGCUCUCCCCAAGCCAUCACCCGGGCUUUUUAACAUUUGAUCUCCCAGAGACGGACAGGGGAAAUCCCUGCGCUUACAGAUCCGUUCUGCUCGUGCACAGACGGAGUCCCAACGAGAUGCUGACCCUGUGGAAGCAGCUCCAGAGUCUGCCAGGUCACUGCUGAGGCUCAUUUGCCUGCCAAAUAGGAUUCCUUCGAGUACAGGUUGUAACUGCAGUGAUGAUUUGUCACAAUGCUUGACUUUGACAGGGGUUACCAUUUGGCCAGCGAGUAUACAAUGUAUAGAAGAAUUGUGUUAAUAAUUAAAAAAAAACACUUUUCACUGGAACCACUUAUUUACUGCACAACAUGUUGCUGAUUUUAAAAGGGGUACAUUGUUUUCCACUCAUGUUUUCUACCUAUUUGAUUUUCAAUCGUGAAACAGUUAAAUAUGCCUGACUGGUAAUGUUAGCCAAUUGACUGUUAAUUGUAAGAUUUUGUCUUUGAAUCGGAAGAGACGGAGUUGUCACUUAAGAUGAACACAAACGACAACAAUGCUAUUUGUUUCUCUCCUCAAGGAUUCCAAUUAAAAAAAUGUAUGAUAUUCAAAAGUAAAUAAAUGUUUGUCUCUGAAAGCAUGCCUUUAUUGAACAGACUUGUUUAUUUAUGUUGUUUAUGGUGUUAUAAUGAAAUUAUAUUUUGUUUGCGAUCCUCUUACAAUAAUAUGUCUUUAAGAAGGCAGACAUGAAGUCAAAAUGCAAAACGUUUCGCAGCUGAUAAACCACCAUCAUCGCAAACCCAGCACAGUGAUCAAAUUUAACUGAAUGUUUAUUAAUCCACAGUUGUGAGUGUAGCACUAAAAAAAGAUAUCGGACUGUUUAGUGUUUGAUGCUCCACUUCAUCCUUGAUCACUGCAGAGGUAAACUGCUUUGCAUGUUUGUUUGGCUAUUUCUACAGGAUACACAGGGGCUACAUAUUUGGAAAUAUUUGCAUUUGGAAAUGCAAAUUAUGCAAAAUGUUUUGUGACCAUGAACAAAGCAAACAUUCAUAUAGUCCUUAUAUUUACCAGAAAUAAAGGAAAACCAGGAAGUAAAUAUACUACGCAUAUUUUAAAGGUACAACAAAAUUAAGUAAAGUAUAAGAACCGUCUUCAUUUACCCUGCUGGAAGAUGAAGAGGAGGAGGUGGGAAAUGAAACCCCAGAUGAAGAGUCUCCUCCAGGGAGAAUGAAAGCUGUGGCAGAAAAACACCAACAGAAAGAGAAGAGAGAUAAGAUACUGAGUGUGACUGGGUCCUCACUGAACUAUUCAGCAACUAUUCUGUCUGCUAUUCUCUUCAUUGUAUUACAGCAUAUUCUUC